AUGCCCAAAGGUGGGGGUUCUAAAACCCCCCAGCUGGACCACUUCCCACUCAACACUGACAUGGUGGAAAAGCAGGGUGGGAAGAAGGAUAAAGUGUUGUCAAACAAGACUCCCAAAUUGGAUCGCAGUGAUGGGCUCAAAGAGAUGAAAGAAAAGGCUUCUAAAAGGAAGCUGCCCUUCACUACUGGAGCUAAUGGAGACCAGAAAGAUUCUGACUCAGAGAAACCAGGUCCAGAGAGAAAGCGCAUUAAAAAAGAGCCCACCAACACCCGGAAGGCGGGCUUGCCGUUUGGAAUGGGGAUGCCAGGGAUCCGGGCUGGGUACCCCCUCUCUGAGCGGCAGCAGGUGGCCUUGCUCAUGCAAAUGACAGCUGAGGAGUCCAUCAACAGUCCAGACACAACACCAAAGCAUCAGUCACAGUCCAGUCUGGGUCAGAAGGGAACGCCAAACUCUGCAUCUAAAACCAAAGACAAAGUGAAUAAACGGAAUGAGAGGGGAGAGACUCGGCUGCACCGAGCCGCAAUCCGUGGAGAGGUACGCCGCAUCAAGGAGCUCAUCAGUGAGGGAGCUGAUGUGAAUGUAAAAGACUUUGCAGGCUGGACUGCAUUGCAUGAGGCGUGCAACAGGGGAUACUAUGAUGUGGCCAAGCAGCUGCUGGCAGCCGGAGCAGAGGUCAACACAAAGGGUCUGGAUGAUGACACCCCUCUACAUGAUGCAUCCAACAAUGGACAUUUUAAGGUGGUCAAGCUACUUUUACGGUAUGGAGGGGACCCAAGGCAAAGCAACAGGAGAGGUGAAACGCCAUUAAAGGUUGCCAACUCUCCAACUAUGCUGAAUCUACUGCUGGGGAAAGGGACUUACACCUCAAGUGAAGAAAGUUCAUCAGAAUCCUCAGAAGAGGAGGACGCCCCCUCGUUUGCCCCAUCCAGCUCCGUUGAAGGCAAUAACACAGACUCAGAGUUUGAGAAGGGCCUGAAGUCGAAAGGGAAAAACACAGACCCUCCUAAGUCCGCUGUCACACCUGUCAAAGAUGAAUAUGAAUUUGAUGAGGAUGAUGAGGAGGAGCGUGUGCCUCCUGUGGACGACAAACACCUGUUGAAAAAAGACUUCCGCAAGGAACCGGUCAGCAAGCCUAACAGCUUCAUCUCUAUACCCAAGAUGGAGGUCAAAACUUAUUCCAAAAGCAACUCGCUCACACCAAAGAAAACUGUCAGGCGGAUCAUCUCUGACAGCAACAGUUCAGACGAGGAUGAUAGGACGCCAGCACCUACGCCAAGGCAACAAGCCCAGCCAACAAAUACUAAGACAAGAGACUCUGGCAGCAUGAGCUCAAAGCAACAGAAAGACAAAAGUAAAGUAAAAAAGAAGCGAAAGAAGGAGAGUAAAAAUAACAUCAGUAAAGAAGUGAGGUUUGGCAAAGUCAAUGACAAAUUCUGUACAUCGGACUCUGAUUGCGGAGAUAUGGAGAGUGAGGAUGAAAAGGGCUCUAACAGCUUAAAGGACUCUUCUGCAACGAGCCUGAAGGAAUCCCCUGGCUUUAAUGCAUCCUCCUCGUCAUCCCAUGGCAACUUGAACUCUCAAAAACAAGUACCAUCAUUAGCAGAACAGCAUCCAAAGCAGUGGAGGACAGAUGGCUGGAAGACUGUGUCGUCGCCUACGUGGUCGGAUGUCAGUUCUCUUUCAGAUUCAGUCAGAACGAGACUAUCCAGCGAGUCCGACUACUCCUCUGCUGAUUCCAGUGUAGAGUCAGUAAAACAAGUUAAGAGGAAAGCGCAGGAGAAUAAAAAGAAGAAUAACAACGUGCACAGUAACACUGUGGACAAGAAAAAUUCUGAUCUCUACAAAAACUCCAAUGCAGACAGUUCGAUCUCUAAAACUGAUGUAGAUGGCAAAGUGCUGAAAAAGCAUAAAGUAAAGCACAAGCACAAAAAUAAAGAGAAGGACAAAGCUCCCAGUCUAGUACUUAAUCAAGACAUGAAUGAGAAAUUUGUCAAAAGCUAUUCUUUUGAUUUUGAUGAUUCAAGACAGAAGUCACUAAUUGUUGAGUCAGAAUCUGCAGCUGAAAGCAAGGUCAAGUUAUCCAAACAUGAAAAAGACCAUUCAAAAAAGGAGGAUAGGCUUUCAAAAAUCAAGUCUGAGGAUAAAGAUUGGUCAUCUGGAAAAGACUUGCACCGAACAGCGAAAGAGGAGAAAAACAAGAAAGCAAAAGACUCCACCAAGGACAAGACGAUUAAGGAGGAGCGAGAGAAGCCUGUAAAAUCUGACAAGGAUAGAAAUGCAAAGGAGAAGGAGAAGCCAAAGGAGGAGAAACAGAAGGCUCACAAAGAAGAGAAAAAGAAAAAGUCCAAGGAGAAAUCCUCUUUAAAAGCAGACCGCAAAAGUGAGCAGAAAGAGGAAAAACAUCUAAAGGUGGACAAGGAGAAGAACACAAAGGAGGAGAAGGAGAAAUGCAAAAAAGACAAGGCACCGAAGGAAGAGCCUGAGUAUGAAGGCUAUGAUGUCAACAACCGUUUCCUGAACCUGGAGGACACAAAGCUGAGUGCCUCAGAUGACCAUCAUGACAGAUGGGGCUCUGAGAUGUCCUCCGACUCCUCCCUCUACGGCGAUGAGAGCUGGGAGGCUCCUGUCAAAGAGUACAAGGAAUACAAAGCCAACAAUGCCGUUAAGCUAAUUGUUGAGACGGUUAAGGAAGAGACGAGGCGAAAAGAAAACAAAGUCAAGGACAAGAAAUCUGAUCACAAUGACAAGAGAACAGAUAAAGAAGCCACGUCUAAGAAGAAAGAAAAAGACUCAUCGGAAAAGACGAAUGAAAAGAAAAAAGACUGGUCAGAGAAACAAAAAAUGAACUCAAGUCACUCAGUUGAAAAAGAAAAGAAGCGGAAGGAGUCAACAGAAACUGUAAAAGACAAAAAGGACAAAGAUUCUCUGGACAUAAGCCGAGACCGUAAAGACUCCUAUGAUUUCAUGAAAGAAAGAAAGGACAUGAAAAUCAAGCAGGAAUCUAUAAGAGAUGAAUAUGGCAAUGAUACCUUCUUCAAAGACAUUGAUGCUGUCAGUAAAUCGUGUGAUAUCAGAGAAAGAAACCAUUCUGGAAAGGAGAAAGAAAAGAAGGGUGACGGAUUAGAAAAGCGAGAAAAGACGAAAGCUGACAAGCACAAAGACAAAACAAAAGACAGAGUCGCUGAUCAGGAGAAGGAUAAGAGCGAGAAAGCCUCCACUGAAAAAACUGUCAAGGAAAAGGAUGCCGAUCGGGGCACCAAAGACAAGAAGGAGGGAGCAAAAGACAAACACAAAGAGUCUCAUGGCAAGGACAAAGAUCGAAAGAUGUCCUCAGAACAGACCAAGGACAAGAAAGAAAAGACUUCUCAAGACAAACAUGCUGAUAGGGACAAGGAUUUCUUGGAGGUGAAGAAGGAGGAAAGAAAAACGGAGAAAAGAGAGAAAAUGUGGUACAAGAUAGCUGACAUAUUCACUGAUGAAAGUGAUGACGAUGAGGACAGCUACAAUGGCGCUGUAACACUCUCUGACUCCAUCAGAAAAGAUGCGACUCCUGACCAGGAUGAGUCAGAUCACUUUCCUUCAGAAAAAGUGAGAAAAUCUUCAGCAGAAGCGAAACACAACACAGAAAGGGUGAAAGACAAAGAGCAUAAAGACAAAAAGAAGGAAAAGGCAACAUUUGACACGGGUAAAGAGAGGAAAGGCUCCCUCGAGAAACACAACAAAGACAAGAAAGAUUCCGCGGAUGCCAAACACAAGGAAAGAAAGGACAGAAUGUCAGUGGACUCAAACCAGGACAAGAAAAACAAGCAGAAGCUCUUGGACAAGGACACCAGUGAGGAGAAGACAAAGAGCAAAUAUAAAGACAAGCUGGACCACUCAAAGGAAAGGAAACCUUCAAAAGGGAGUGGUGAGAAUGAAAAGUCCCUGUUGGAAAAACUCGAGGAGGAAGCUAUGAAUGACUACAAGGACGACUCAAAUGACAAGAACAGUGAAAUCUCUUCAGAUAGUUUCACUGACCGAGGUCAUGAGCCGGUCCUCACCUCUUACUAUGACUCCAUCAGCCUGACCGACGUGUCUGAGGACAGAAGAGACUCCCUGUCCUUAUCUACACCUCAGGACAAAUUCAGAGAGAAAGAGCGGCAUCGACACUCAUCUUCAUCUUCAUCUAAGAAAAGCCACGACAAGGAGAAAGAAAAAGUCAAAAAGGACAAAGGAGACAAACGUGACAAGACGGAGGAGAUUAGAGAGUCCUACAGCCGCAGAGAGAGUCUCCCCUUCGAGAAGGAGCCCAUGCCUCUAGAGGCAGACCCUUACACAUUCCCAUAUGGGGGUAAGGGAGACGGUGAAGACGACUUUGAUAAAACAUUGGAGUUUGAAAAAGAGAUGUCCAAAAAAGAUAAAGAGAAAUCUUCUGGUGUCAUUAGUGAUAGAAUGAAGGACAAAAAGAAAAAGGAGAAACAUAAGGAGAAAAUAAAGGAGGAGAAGAAUAAGUACAUUGAUGGCUUUGGAUCUUUUAAACACUCUAAAGAGGAUGUGAAGUCAGGGUCGAAAGAUAGCCCACAGGUCACCAUUCUUAAAGACCGGACAAAAGAAGACAGUCCUAAAUUUGAAAUGAAAAAGGACAGAAAUCGAGACACAUUGGACAAAGACAACAGAUUGGACCAUAGUAAGUCCAAGGUCAAGGAUGAAAAUGAAAAGCUCUCUCUGUCCAAAGACACAAUGCGGAAAGAUAACCGUCCACGUGAAAAACUUUUGGUGGAUGGAGAUUAUCAAAUGACAAGCUUCGGUCAGAUGUUGAGUCUUAAAGACCAGGAGUUUGAAGAGCGCCACAAGAGACAUAAAGAGAGGAUGAAGCAGAUGGAGAAGCUGAGGCCCAAGUCAGGGGACCCCAAACUCAAGGACAAAACCAAGUCCACUGAGGAAGUGCGUAAAAAUCGGAGUGAGCUGUCAUCAAAGAAAUCCAACAGUCUGGAGUCGAGUCUUAAAGAGAAAAAGUUGAAGGAUGUUGGUCUGCCAGCACAGAUGAUGUCUCCUAGCAGGAAGUUCCAGCCUGAGAGUCAAAACUCAAAGGACUGGCUGGCUGGCCAUCAAACGAAGGAGAACCUCCCAGCUUCUCCAAGGCCAGAUCAAAACAGGCCAACUGGUGUUCCCACACCGACGUCAGUCAUCUCCUGCCCCAGCUUUGAGGAAGUAAUGCAGACUCCACGAACUCCAUCGUGUAGUGCAGAGGAUUACCCCGACAUUAUGCUGGAUGGACUGGACUGUCAGAACUCAUCAGCCAUGACUAUGUCAAUGAAUGCCUGCUCCCCAUCCUUCUUUGAAAGCAGGUACUCUAGCUCCCAGAGUUUCCAGGAGGGCACUUGCCCAACCCCUGCAAAGAACCUCCAGCUUCCACUUGUCAGCCGAUCUGUGUCCUCUGAUGUCCGCAGGCCUUUAGAGGAUGAGUUCAAGGCUGAGGCUGACAAGUUCCUCCGACAGCAGAGUGAUCCAGCUGCUGAAUAUGAUCCGACAUCUUCCUCACAAGCUGUAGAGGACAAAUCAGCGACAGUGGAUGGGCUCGAGUGUAUAUCACCUCCUUAUUUCUCUCCCAUAAGAAUGCUGUCUCCACAACAGGAACCGGCCCAUCACAGUCCAGAUUUGGCAUCCACAACUCUCUCUCCCUCAGAAGGUCAUGAACACCUUCCUGAGAGUGUGUACAACAGUUACUUGCCCAAACCCUCUACACCGGUGCACAGGCCAGAGCCCCAGGAGCCCUGCUUCGACAUUGCUGCACCACCUACUCCAGCUCCUGCAGCUCUGCCGCCCCUGGACAUUGACGACAUCUCAGAGCCUCACCACAGUGAGCCUAACCUGGUCCUCUCAGAUCUUCCCUCUGUCAUGGAAGAGCAGGAGCAGGAAGAGGAAGAUGAUGAAGAAGAAGAAGAAGAAGAAGACGAGGAGGAGGAGGAGGAGGAGGAGGAGGAGGAAGAAGAACGUGACAUGGGGGACAUGGGGGUCAUGGGUGAUUUAGAUGAAAGAGAUGAUGGUGACCACUGUGCGGUGGAGGAGCCAGAGCAAACAAGGGAACCAUGUUCCUUCUCCCCCCCUCAAGUCGAGGACCCUCUGAGGAAGAGCUGGCCUGCAGAGUCCCCAGACCCACAGGAUCCAGAGGUUCACCAGCUCUCCCCCGCACAUUCUGCACCCAACCACGAAGAGAACUGUUAUGAUCACAACAUGGGAUGGAGCACUGAAAUGGACCUUAAAUCACCCCAUAGGACGUACGGGGAGAUAGAGGCAGCCGUCUCCAAAAUAACAAGCCCGUACUCUCACUCAGAGAGCGACAUGCAGCAGCUGUCAGGCCACCCAAAUGUUACCUCCCCUUAUGCCUCCUGGAAUAGGUGGCAUAAGGAGGACCCAGAGGAAUAUGAUGAGCAGAAGGAUGCUGUGGCGGACAUCCCCUCUCCCGAGAGGCCUGAUGCAGCAAUUGAUGUGGAACCCAACUAUUUGAACACCUCAUCGUCGUCCAAUAGGCUGGAGUCGUUCUUUCAAGACUGCAAGCCCAGCAUAGAGGAAAGUCAUCAAAUUGACAGUGAGUCGACCUGUGAGGAGCCAGACAGCAGGCAGACCGCGCAUAACUUCAGUGCCACCACUGAGAGCCAUAUGUCUCCAGCUGAGGCGCCUGAGGCUCCUGAGCCUGUGGUGCCCUGGGCGGACUCAUUCUCAGCUGAUGCUGAUGAAUUGGACGACCUUGGUCCGUUCUCCUUGCCUGACCUACCACUACCAGACAAGGCAGAAGAAGCUGACCCUCGAGACCAAGAGCUGGCUGACCACAACAAGGCUGUGACAACCCACAUUAGACAUACGAUCACAGAAAGAGAUGAGUCAGAUAUAAUUGAAGUAGACUUGCCAAACUUGGCUAAAACUUCAUGCCCUGCUGUAGAUCUAGGUUUAGAGGAACCUACUGGACAAGACUUAGUGGUACCAUCACCACAUGCCAACUUCCAGCAAGAGAUGGACCCUGAGCCUCAAAGCGUGCCAGUAAACCCCUCCCUGUGUCUUACGCAGCAACAGGGCAGCAUGUUGGAAAGAAAAGGACCUUAUGGAGAACCUGAGGAGCUGGAUUCCAAUAUAUUGUAUACAUCGAUGAAAUCAGAUGACUGUCAGUUACAAAUCCAGACCCUAACUGAGCCCUCGCCGUUCACCAUGGAAUCGGUGUCUGCCGACAAGUCAGAGGACAGGCAAGAGGAGAUGUCAGAGCCUGUAGCAGAGCCUGCGUCAUGCAGUCCUCUUCCUCAGCUCCCUGUCGCAGUCACCCUAUCCAACACAGUGGAACUAACUGACACUCAAGAGACCACAUCAAAGCUAACUCCGUUACCUCUGACAACGGUUUCCCCGACCAUAGACGUCCCCAAGAAGGUGGAUGAAAUUCCUCAAAGGAUAACCCGCAAUCGCGCCAAGAACAAUCCCUCCGCUGCUGCAAUCCCUCCUACCUCCUGCAUAAUCACCUCAUCUUCCGCCGCUACCCCUGUAACAACCAGUCCAGCAGUGAGCAUUAAUCCUCUCCCCACGAGAACCCCGACACCCACCUUGGCCUCGUCCCUCUCAGCUCCAAAGAAAGACAAAGAAUCUGUGCUUAGUGUCUCAUCCACUAAUUCAACCCCUGCAGUCUCUGUCCCUACUGCUGUGACGACGUCUGCGUCGGUUGUUAUCAGUAAGACGACAAAAGGUCGCCCGCUCCCCAUUGAUGACGAGGAAUCACAGACUCAGCACCCACGGAAGAGGAAAUUUCCACGUUCUGCUGGGCAGCAGGUCCAGGUCCAGCUGGUAAACACAGCCAUGCAGCAGACCAGAGAAAUGAUUCAACAAACCUUGGCUGUUGUAGUUAAUGCUAUCAAGCUGGAUGAUAUCGAGCCCUACCAUAGUGAUCGAUCCAACCCUUACUUCGAGUACCUGCAGAUCAGGAAGAAGAUCGAAGAGAAGAGGAAGAUUUUGUGCUACAUCACCCCACAGGCCCCACAGUGUUACGCUGAAUAUGUGACCUACACAGGUUCCUACCUGCUGGAUGGCAAACCGCUCAGCAAGCUUCACAUACCUGUUAUUGCCCCACCUCCAUCGCUGUCAGAGCCUCUGAAAGAGCUCUUUAGACAACAGGAGGCAGUGAGAGGGAAGCUCAGGUUGCAGCACAGCAUAGAACGGGAGAAGCUGAUUGUUUCCUGCGAGCAGGAGGUUUUAAGGGUUCACUGCAGAGCGGCCAGGACUAUAGCCAAUCAGGCUGUGCCAUUCAGCGCCUGCACAAUGCUGUUGGACUCUGAAGUAUACAACAUGCCAUCAGAGAGCCAGGGGGAUGAGAAUAAAUCUGUGAGAGAUCGCUUUAAUGCUCGUCAGUUCAUUUCCUGGAUCCAGGAUGUGGAUGAUAAAUAUGACCGCAUGAAGACAUGUCUUUUGAUGCGGCAACAACAUGAGGCAGCUGCUCUCAACGCAGUGCAAAGGAUGGAGUGGCAGUUAAAGGUCCAGGAGCUUGACCCAGCAGGGCACAAGUCCCUCUGCGUAAAUGAAGUGCCGUCCUUUUACGUGCCAAUGGUCGAUGUCAACGAUGACUUUGUCCUGCUGCCUGCAUGACACACCUGUGCUCACAGAAGGACACAAAUCUUCGUCUGAAUCAUUUCUUCUCAAAGAGACUUCGUCAAACAGAACGAAUGGAAAGGGCUAGCAAGUUUGACAGAGGACACAAGACAGAAAAAAAUUAUAUUCUAUAGAAAAAGAGUGAAAAUGAAAAAACUUGCUCUCGAUUCCCUUCCAUGAAGAAGGAAAGUUGUUUUUACAGGGGAAAAGAAAACACAACUUGCACUUUCAUUCUCAAAGUUUUUACUCUUUUGUUUGAUCAGAGUUUGAGAAGCAGAAAAAGUUUUUUGCUUUGAGGCUCUGACAUCGGGACAGAACUCCUCAGUGCUCAGUUGGUGGACAGAGAUAUAUUUUCUGAGUUUGUUUUUUGGUCCCGGCUUCAAUAGACCCACCGCCACCACUGGGAGGAGGUCUCAGAGUAGAGCUAUCCCAUCAGCGUGGUGCCUGUCCUGAGGGAGGACUGAGGAGAAACCUCCUCUGAUGACUCGAGGCUCCUGGCGGGCCAAGAGAACUAGUCCAGCACUGACCCAGAGGAAGUCCACUGAGUUGUGGUGCAUCAUGUGAAUCCUCUACGUGUAUCUACAGACGGACAGACCAGGAAGCCUGGACCAGUCGCUGAUGGCUUUGGGUUGAUAAGACCGUACACCCAGAGGAGACCCUCUCUGUUCACACUUGCUUAACAGUAGAGCACCAGAGCCUGCAGCAGGUUGGAACACAGCAGAGGGUUAGGGAUGUGUGUGUGUGCACAUCAGGGCCAAGUGUCUGAGAGGAAGAGACUGACCCUGCAGCCUCUCAGCCUGGCUAAACAGAAGACAGCAGGCAUGGAUCUCUGAGGACAGACCGGAGUGUUCCUCAGCCAUCCUGCUCUCUCCAAUAAAAACACAUCAGACCGCCAUGGACUGCAAAAACACCACAGGACGACCAGAAGGAAGAAACAAACAUAACGAAUGUUAAGAUUCAAGAGACUAUCGAGAAAUCGUGGUUCAGCGGGAGGAGAGAAAUAUUGUUUUUGUCUAUUUCUUUACUUGGGCAUUUCAUUGUUUCUGAGGAAGUGACUUGAAACACUACAGAGCCAAUAUUAGUUUAAUGGAAAAAAGAAAAAAAAGAAAAAAAGUUGUAUUCCGUAAAUUAUGUACAGUUUUUAUAUUCGUUAACCAAUGUAUUCUUGCUGCCUUCUAGAUAAUUUAUUUUGCCACACAUUACUGCACAGUUGUAAAUAACCUAUGUACUGUAAUAUCACUCAGUUAAGUGUAAAGAAAAAAACCUAAAAGAAAUAAAAAUUAUCUUUUUAUGUACAGUUCACUUUUGGGCAGCACUUUCCCCCCCCCCCCCCCCUCAUAUCCAUGGGCCAAAAUGUGUACACGAUCCUGUCAGUAUUUGAAAGGCUCCAGUACAGUUGUAUGAUCCCAUCUCUAGACCCUCUCCAGGGUUAAGAAACUCACCUGGACGUGGAUCACGACUCACAAAUAGCUGACACAGAUCACUUCUGGAUUAAACCGGCCUCCCACAGGCCAACCAACAUAUAGUCCCUCAGAUGUAGCAGAAUAGUUGUUGAGGAUUUAUUUAAAGAAUAGACAGAGGAUUAUUAUUCAUUGCUUUAAUACACGAUUAUAUCUUUAAAAAAAAAAAAAUUCCAACCAAGAAAAUGCCUUUUUCAGUGAAAAAAAAUGUACUCAUUGUUGGGCAAAGUCACAUAGAUAUAUAUGGGUGGGAUGAAAGUUAGAUGUCAUUCACAAGCAAAACCAUCAUUAUAAUUUUGAAUUGUUUCCAAUUAAUAUAUUUUGGGGAUUUUUGUUUUAGUUUUUAAUCUCCAGAAUUUGGACUAAUAAUUUCCAAUCAUCACAAAACAUCAUUGUCUGAAAGCCAACAGGACACAGGUCUUUAGCACUUCAUUAAGUUUUCUGUUCUCCCAGAUCGUCUGCUUUCUCUUUAGACUGAAGACUUGUAACAGCCACUAAAUAGUUUCGUUCCAUGAUGACUUUUAACUUAGUCCUUCUGCCCUUUGUCUAAUGUUGGAGAGCGACUUGUUUUCAAUGUGCCGUUCCAAUUCUACACACUAGAUGGCGCCAGAGUGUCCCAACAACUCCAGAACCCUAAUUGGCUUUGUUUGAGACCUGUGACCUUUCACAAGAAUGGGCUUUUUAAAAUAAAUUAAAAUUUUAUGACGUCUAUGGGGACAUAAUUUCCCUCAUCUGAUUCAAGUUUAACCCCUGUGUCAGUUUAGUCAUCAAAGAUUUAAACCACCAGCCCCUGUCUCUUCCGUCUUUUAAUCCAUGCGUUUGGCUAGUGUUGUCAGUGAUUUUUAAACAUUAGGUUACUUCCUUAUUUACUCUGUUAGGCAUUGGCUAUUUGCCACUAUCAUGUCAUUAUGUUGAGCCCAAGUAGGCAAUUACGAGACUUAAACCUUUUUAAGAAUGAACCAAAAAAGUUUAAAAGACAGAAAUAGAAACAGGGGAAAGAAAUAGCUUCAUGCUGAACCAAUCUUUUUUUUUUUAAGUCAUCCUUAAUUCAAACCCCAUCUUAAUAUUGAUUUGUGAUUACUUUUAUCAAUCCUCUUUUUUAAGUGGGUCUUGGAUUUGAAAAGCUUUUCCUGACCUCCCACAAAGGUUGCCUGUCUUUGUGCGAGAGCUGCUCAUGUAUCCUGAUGGCAAUAUAAUCUGAACAUUUCUAAGUUAUGAACACACUGUCAGUCAGCAUAGCUGUGUAUGGUAUGUCUAGUCAAGUGCAAUGGUUGUUGCUAUUACACUGUGCAGACAAGGUGGCUAGAUGUAAAGGUCUGGAAAUUUUUGAGAAACACACACAUACUGGUUGGUAUACAAAAACAGACACAAAUACCCACAAAUGUAUUCUUUAAGCCCCCUGUGUGUCAUGUUCUUAUUUUGUUGUUGGUUUCUUACACCGUUUUGUUUUUGGGAAGAGGUUUUAAGGGUGUUUUUUUUGUUAACAGAAUCCCUGCGUGUGUUUUUUUAGCUCAUAGUGUGUAGUUUUUGAAUGUUGUUGUGUUCAUUUUAGGGUUAUUUGUUUCCUGUAUAGAGCAUAAACACCAGUGGCAUGUCAAUCACGUUGCUUUUCAAGCAGAAUGUAUACCGUUACUAUGCCCUGACCAACCACACCCUCUCACUAUUGUUUACAAGACAUCAACAAGUGUGUGUUUUUCCGUUUAAUGUGUCAUCCUUUUUUUAACGGUUUAAUCCCUGCCUUUGUUUUUACUUACGGUAAAUCAGUUAUUUUGAACCACAAAGGCUUGAAAUGGUGAUGGUCGACACAGCUGACAGGUGAUUUCUCCCCCCAGACUGCGGUACACCGCUGCACAGAGCAAUAGACAAACGCAUCCAUCCGCAUAGAUUCUCCAGUGUGAAUCUUAAUUACUAACAAAACAGCAGUGAAUUCUGGUUCAAUUGAAGACAGACACACAAAACACACAGCAAUCCUCAGAUGCACAGUAGAGCACUUGGCCGUGGUGAUACAGAUGCUAGCCUGAUGCCUCACCUCAGUCAGCAACAUAUUACCUCUACUCUCCUCACAUUCAUUCAUAAUGUUUAUUUUAGAUUUGUUAUGUGUUGUUUUUUCUUAUUGGACAUAAAUAUACAUAAUUGCUAUUUUUUCAUUCUAUAGAAUCACGAUUUCAAGCCUUUUUCUAGUUUUCGUUGGUUAUUUGUAUAUUUUUUUAAUUCAAACCCAGACUGUAGCUAUUUCUUUGUUCCUUUUUUAGAGUGGAAAAUGACUAAUACAAAGCAUGGAGAACUACUCUUUAAAUGGUGAGAAAUAACCUAUUUAUUAUCUUUUUGUUUUGUUUUUCUGACACCUGUGGUAUGUUUUUGAGUUGACAUUGGUCUCCGCUGUGUAAAUUUUCCUCCUUGUAAUGCGUGAAAGAGACAUACUGUACAUAGCUCUGUAAAUAAAACCUCCCAGGACGUUUUGCACCCUCCUCUUUGUACUAGUCUGAAAAAUUGCGUAGAAUGUGGGGUUCUAACAGCAAACGAGCUGUGUGCGCUUGCUGCAGGUGAUUAUGAUGUAACAAUGUAACAUUUUUUUAUUUGUACAAUGUAGUUUAUUUGUGUACAUAUUGUUGGAGCAGCUAGGAGGGGAGGGGGAGGGUGGGGAUUUAUGAGGGGGGUCGUUGAUGCUAUUGUCAGUGCUGUAACAGAAAUCCAGUACUUUCACCUCUAGCUGUUGUUGAUUUCCUGCAAAAAAAAAAAGAAAGACAAAAAAAUAAACACGAGAAACUGAAAAUGAGGAUGGAUGGGAAAAAAGACUAAAACUGAAAAGUAAAAAUUCUAAAUUGUUAUUUUCUACAGUUGCAUGUACAGAGAGCGCGAGAACUGCUGUUGUUCCUCAGAGAUUAUGUUCGUUAAUAAAAUUUUGAAAUAUUA